GUAUCAUCGUGCAGAAUUAUAUAAUUACCGACAGAACCUGUUUCCGUUUCUGAAAUUUCAUUGAAUAAAAGUGAUCUUCUGCAAACAGUUGUUACUAGUUCUAUAGAUGUGAAACAACGAAAAUGUAUUUGAAUCUAUCUUUAUACUUGCUUGCAGGGCUAAUAUUGUGUUGCAAUUGUGAUCCGGAGUUGAAAUUGAAACAAGGAGUCGUUAAAGGAAACAUCAAAGCAUCUUAUAAAGGCAGAGACUUUGUUGCCUUUGAAGGAAUUCCAUAUGCUGAAGCUCCAGUGGGUGAUUUGAGAUUUGCUCCUCCCCAACCGGCAAAACCAUGGGAAGGAGUUUUAGAAGCCAACAAGCACUACACCUGUGCUCAACUCAUUCCAAUUCCUUUCUUGUGGGGACCAUCAGGAACCGAAGAUUGCCUCUAUCUCUAUGUUUAUAUACCAGGAAAUAAUAUUGAUGUAAAUGCCAAUCUUCCUGUAGUAGUACACAUCCAUGGAGGAGCAUUCAUGCUUGGUUCUCCUAAGAUGAUGGCGCUUCCAGAAUAUAUAAUGGACCAAGACGUGAUAUAUGUCACAUUCAACUAUCGCUUAGGCAUUUUAGGUUUCUUGAGUACUGAAGAUGACGUUGUUCCUGGUAAUAUGGGCCUGAAAGACCAGUCUAUGGCUCUCAAAUGGAUCAAAGAAAAUAUUAAAGACUUUGGAGGUAAUCCAGAUUCGAUCACUAUCACUGGUUUAUCUGCUGGUGGAGCCAGUGUUCACUAUCAUUACCUAUCACCGAUGUCUGAAGGGCUCUUUUCAAGAGGUCUUUCCCAAAGUGGCACAGCCUUGCAAUCAUGGGCCCUGACGAAAAACCCUUUAGACAAGGCCAAAUUCGUUGCCCAAAAUGUUAGUUGUGAGACAGAUUCGACAGAAAAGAUGAUUGCUUGCAUGAGAUCGAAAUCUCACAAAGACUUGAUUAUCGGUAUUGACGGUUUGUUCGUUCUCAUAAGUGCCAUGCCUUCUACUCCUUUUGGUCCAGUAGUUGAAAAAGGUGGAAGCAAUCCGUUCAUUGACGAUCAUCCUUACAAACUUCUGAAAGAAGGAAAGGUGUAUGAUGUGCCCUGGAUCAACACAAAUGUUCAAGACGAAGGAAUAUUUCCUGUAGGAUUUUUUGUUCAUUUGAAGAAGAUGGAUUAUAUUGCCGAGAACUGGGACAUUGUAAUGCCAGCAGCUUUAGAUAUGAAUGACACCGUUGAUGAUUCUAAGAAGACCGAAGUUGUAGAGAAAAUAAAACAAUAUUACUACAAGGAUAAACCUGUAACUGAAGAUAACAAUGAAAUUCUUGUAAAGUUAUACAAUGACCGAUUAUUCUUCGUCGAUUCUGAAUUGGCAACAAAAACACAUUCAAAGGCUGUUAAAUCACCUGUUUAUGUCUACUUCUACAAAUAUCUACCUCAGGAUACAUUCAAAUUCAGGAAAAUGAAACCAGGUGUCAGCCAUGGGCUUGAUGGUAAAUUCAUAUUCAAAUGGAUGAUCAAUUCUGAUUUGAAAAAGAAAGACCAACAAAUGAUGGAAAUACUCACGAAAUUUGUGAAGGAUUUCGCAGAAACUGGGGUCCCUAAAAUCGGAGAGGUAGAAUGGAAUCCUGUUGAACCUGGGAAUGAAGAAAUAAAAUACUUAGAAAUUAACUCCGUUGAAGAUUUUCAAAUGAAAACGAGAACAGUAUUGGGUGAACGAGAUUUUUGGAAUUCUUUGCCUAUCAAUGAAAAUAAUCAUAUUUAUAAAUUAAUUUCAGAAGUUCAUAUGUCCUAUGAAGUUCCAACAGCAAGACUACACCAGGGAGUGGUACAUGGAUAUCAUAAAAAAUCAUAUGAUGGCAGAAUAUUUUCUGCCUUCGAAGGAAUUCCAUUUGCUUCACCCCCGAUUGGAAGUCUACGAUUUCAGGAACCAAUCGCUGCUCAUCGUUGGAGGAAUGUAUUGGUAGCAAAUAAAUCCUAUAUUUGCAGUCAACUCAAUGAAAAUCAGGAAGUAAUAGGUUCUGAAGACUGCCUCUACAUAUAUGUCUAUGUUCCCAAAGAGCACAUCAGUAGAAGAGAUAACUUGGACGUUGUUGUUCACAUACAUGGUGGCUCUCUAGUCGUUGGUUCACCUUAUGAAAUGGUUCUUCCUGACUACAUUAUGGAUAGAAAUGUUAUAUUGGUAACUUUCAAUUAUAGACUUGGAGCUGCAGGAUUCCUCAGUACUGGAAAUAGUGAAGUAUAUGGAAAUAAUGGAUUCAAAGAUCAGACGCUAGCCUUGAAAUGGAUCAAGAAAAAUAUUAAAGAAUUUGGCGGAAAUCCUCAUUCCAUAACAAUAACAGGAUUCUCAUCAGGAGGCUCAAGUGUUCAGUUUCAUUACUUGUCCCCCAUUUCAAAAGGUCUGUUCCACAGAGGUUUUUCAUCCAGCUACACAGUUCUGGGUUCAGAAUCAUUAACUCUAAUUCCAUUGGAGAAAAGUAAGAAACUUGCUGAAAAUUUAGGAUGUCCCAUAGACUCCAAAAGAAAGAUGAUUCGAUGCCUUAGACAACAAUCUAUAGAUAAAUUAGUUAAAACCGAUAUAUGGUUCAAACCAGCUGUAGAGAAGGGAAAUCCUAAUCCUUUCCUACCUGACAAUCCAUACAAGAUGUUGAAAAAUGGAAAGGUCUAUGAUGCUCCAUGGGUUGCAUCAGAUGUUUUUAAUGAAUCGCUCUUCUCGCUUGAUUCUGUAUAUAAAAACAAGUCGGAGAUAUUCACAAUAUAUAAUAACUUCACAAACUGGGGGAAGAGUUGGCUUGAUUUAGAGGAAUAUGUAGACGCAGAUAAAUUGGAAUACGUACUCGAUGAACUGAAGAAACACUACUUGGAUAACGGAAAAUUAACAGAAGAAAAUGGUUUGGAAAAGCUGAACAGGCUUAUGAGUGAUCGUCAUUUUCUGGUUGCUGCAGAUCUUGCAGUCCGAACGCAAGCAUCAGCUGUAAAAUCUCCAGUUUACUAUUAUCUUUUUGAAUUCAUAACGCAAGACAGGCUUGAAUUUGGUGGUCCACCUGCUGCUUCUCACGGUGUUGACAGUAAACUGAUUUUCAAAUUCAGAUCAAAUCCAGAAAGACUGAAACCUGAAGACGAAAAAAUGAUGCGUUUAUUCAUCGAUUUCAUUGAAAAUUAUGCUAAAACAGGAAUUCCUAAACUCGGCAAUACGUCAUGGACUCCUAUACGACCGGAUUGCCAAACACUUGAUGUUUUGUCCAUAAAAUCUCCAAACGAUAUCAAAAUGGUGAAAAUGAAAGAACUAGCCCCUCGAUGUUUAUGGGACCGACUGCCUAUCAAUGAAAACAAUCACCUUUUCUGAAAUAAAUUGUAUGAUAUUGAAUAAUAAAAAAUAAUAAUUGUAAAAAAA